AUGGGAAAAACUUUGAAAAAGUAUCAGCUGUUGAAAAAUGAAAUUAAAGGAGUCAUACUUCCAAAGACAUACUUUCGAUUCCCACUAUCCAUAACAAUGACCCAUCUGAUCACAAAGUUUUCCAUAUCUGCUGUUGUCAGGUGGGUUCUCUACUGUAAGUCAGGAAGGGAACGAGUCACUCUGAGUUGGUUUGAGUACAUCAAGAGAGUUGCUCCACCUGGCAUCACCAGCUCCCUUGACAUUGGCCUCUCAAAUUGGAGUUUUGAAUACAUCACAAUCAAAGUGAAAAUGGCCCUCACUAUCCGGGAGAAUGGCGUCGAGGGGUAUUUCGGUUUCAUCAUAGGUAGCCAAACGGCAACCCCCGAUCUCGGGGAAAAUGUCGUCUAA